AUGGCCACCGUAGUCACUGCCAAGCCUGCAACGGAGUCGUCGUCAGACUCGGACUCCGUCGUCAAAAGUGUCCCCAAUGAGACCGUUACCCCGGUUGCGCCGUUGGGCAAGCCUCGUCCUGAGAGAAAGUUCUGGUUCCAGAAGAGACAGCACUAUGAUCCUUCGGCAAUUGCAACAUUGCCGAGCGUAUAUGACGACCCUUCAAUAGCAUCACAGUAUAAGCCUCAAGACAAUUGGGAAAACAUUCAUCGCUUCAAUCCCUCGGCUCGCUGGACCUGGGCCGAGGAAGAUGAUGUUAUCCGCAGAACAGACUGGCGAAUCAUGAUAUGGGCUUGCUUCAUCGGUCUCGAAAUCGACAGAGCAAACUUGAGCCAGGCAUUGACCGACAACUUUUUAAAUGAUCUAGGUCUCACUACCAACGACUACAACUUGGGAAACACCCUCUUCUCGCUGUCUUUCCUCUGCGCAGAGCUGCCCUCACAGCUCGUGUCCAAGUGGGCGGGACCGGACCGUUGGAUACCAACCCAACUUGUCCUGUGGUCUCUGGUGGCGGCCUGCCAGUUCAAGCUCAACGGUCUGGCUUCGUUCCUGAUAUGCCGUUGCCUGCUCGGUUUUCUGCAAGGAGGUUUCAUCCCCGAUAUCAUCUUGUAUCUCUCCUACUUCUACAAACAUGCCGAGAUGACGAUCAGGCUGGGCUUUUUCUGGAUGGCCAUGACCUUUGCGGACAUCCUGUGCGCCCUAUUCGCUUACGGUAUCCUCCACAUGCGAGGAGUGCACGGCCACGAGGGUUGGCGUUGGUUGUUCCUUAUAGAGGGACUGCUUACUAUGGCCAUCGGCCUCCUGUCAUUCCUCUUUAUGCCCGCCGGCCCCACCCAGACGGCAAGCUGGUUCAGGGGUAAAAAUGGCUGGUAUACCCCCAGGCAAGUAGGGGUGACCAUUGAGCAUCGGCUCACCAGAAGCAGACAAGAAGAGAUCAUGGUGAAUCGUAUCAUUAGGGACGACCCUAACAAGGGUUCUAUGCAUAACCGAGAGAGGAUCACACUCCGGCUGCUCUGGAAGAGCAUGUGCGACUACGACCUGUGGCCCAUUUACUUGAUUGGAUUCACUUUCCUUGUUCCCGCCACCACGCCCAGACAGUACCUCACUCUCUCGCUUCGAGGGCUCGGCUUCAACACCUUCCACACUAAUCUGUUGGUCAUUCCGUCCCAAGCGCUCUCAACGCUCUCCAUGAUGCUGUUGCUGUGGACCGCCGAGAGAACCAAGCAGCUUCUGGCGUGGUCAGCCUUUUCGCAGAUUUGGAUGCUCCCGUUCCUCAUCUGGCUGAGAGUCGUCGACACCACCAAGGCAUCAAGGUGGACUGUCUGGAUUGUCAUGACACUGAUGCUGACGAAGCCGAUGCCGCACCCCAUCCAAGUCAACCUCGUCUCGCGCAACUCCAACGCCGUCCGCUCCCGCACGGUAUCGGCCGCCCUCUACAACAUGUGCGUCCAGGUGAGCGGCAUCAUCGGCUCCAACAUCUACAGGGCCGACGACGCCCCCGGCUACCGCCGGGGCAACAGUGUGCUCCUGGGGAUCGUCGCCUGGAACCUGUGCAUCUACGCCGGCGCCCGCGGCUAUUACAUCUGGCGGAACAGGGUCCGGGACCAGAAGUGGGAAGCACUCCGGGCGGACGAGAAGGUGGCGUACCUGGACCAGAACGAGGAUGGCGGGAGCAAGCGUCUGGACUUCCGCUUCGCCUACUGA